AUGCACCGAUCACUAUCACUACCAGCGCUGCUGGCUGUCAUUGCCUACUUGACAUCAAUUGUGCUGGCCUAUCGACCCGUUCAAUUUGUUAAACAUACUGGUCAAUCUGGCCGGGCAGACCAAGCAUUCAGCCUGGUCAAUUACUACAAUGAAUCUACGCAACAAUCCGAUCUAUAUGUUCGCAUGGAAGCUUUCCGAUACAAAUCUCUGGCGCAAGGCUGGGCGGCACUCGCCCUCGGUCCAGAAAUGAAAGGUGCUCUCAUGUUCAUUAUCUAUGGCGACCCAUCUGCCCCCGAUUCAAAAAUGACAACGACGGUCCGGACUGUUGACGGUCAUCAUCCGCCUCGACCGGCGGAGGAGAUGAAGGAUUUCUACAGCGGAUAUAUUCCCGAAGUUGACAUUGUCACAUCUCGUUUCGAAAAGUACACAGGCGAAUUUUUCCACGAGGCUCUGCAACUGAAGCCGUCGCACUUGGGAGUUGCAGAAUUCAUCGUCCAUGGCUUCGACAAAUGGACGGCACCAGACCUGGCUAUUUCCAACACCACAACGAACCAGGCCAUGAUCUGGAGCAGCAACUUCGAGCAAGAUUUUGAAGGGGACUUCUCCCCCGAGCGAAACAUCGACAUGCACCAAUUCGGGUUGGGCUUUGGAUUUAUUUGGGCCGAUCUGCUGAAUGCUCAGGCGCCCAUUCCGUUCUUCGGGCCCAUCAAUGACCUAAUAGCCCAUAGAGGCGUCGACGAGAUAAAUGAGCCGAGUCCGCCGACGGAGGAGGAGUUGCAGGACGGCGAGACGAUUAUUGCAGAGAAGACGGCGGCCUUGGAAUCUGGAAAUGACGCGCCAAUCACAGAAGGCGGAAGCUCCGAAAGCGAAGUCGAGCCGGUGGAUAAAGGAUCCUCGACAGACACCCCAGGCCCAGAUGAUGGUAGCCAAGUGGAAGAACCAGUCAAGACACCUAAGCAGUGGAAUAUUCGGUCAUUCAUGUGGCACCUCCAUGGCCUCCUUAUGACCAUCUCCUUCCUCGUCCUCUACCCACUGGGCAUCUACCUCCUUCGCUCCCCUCGCCCCACUGCCUUCAAUCUGCACUGGACUGUCAACUCGCUCGGCAGCGUCUCUGUCGGUAUCAGCGCUCUCAUCGGCUUCGUCAACUCGCACUCCAUCUCCAUCUUUCACCAAUACCUGGGUAUUUUACUUGUUUGCGCGCUCGCCGCCCAAACUGUCCUCGGCUGGCGCCACCACGUCGUCUACAUCUCUGCCGGCCCCCUGGGCGGCCGGCCCACCUGGAUGAGCCAAAUGCAUGUCUGGCUAGGACGCAUAGUGUUGCCGUUCGGCAUGCUCAAUACGAUCCUCGGCCUGCUCCUGCGCCAUUACGGAUGGUUGACUAUUUCAUUGACUAUUGCGCUCGCAUCGGUGGAAAUCAUCGUGCUCACGCUCAUCGUGGGCCGCGCAAGGAGCAGGCGUCCUGUUACCGCCCAGAAGGCUCCGACGGCGGAUGAGGCGGAGGAGUAUUUCCAGCUUGCGGGCGAUGAGGACGGUGAGUUCUCGGACGAAGAUGAGGAGGCUGCUGGCGGGGCCACUGGCGCAGAGGAGCGUGAGAGAAAACAGCGUGAGAAGGAGGACCAGCAGAAACGGCUGGCGAAAUUGGAUAGGGUAUGA